CACGCGCCUCGUGGUGACACACAAAGGGUACAACCGGCGAGCUGAGCACAUCGUAGCUGCGCUUUCCUGACGAUUUUACCUUCUAAUCUUUACUGUCUACGCGCAAAGCGAGGGGAUUUGAGAACCAGCGACUCAGCUUAUAUUCUGAUCAUCACUGAACGGCAUUUUGAGGGAUUUUAUGAUGGCUAGCGAUCUGGAAAAGGCGAAAUUCGUGGACGUGGAAUGUACCCUGGCCCCCGACGGUCAUGUGUACGUGGCACAACCAGACCCCAAACCCACCAGCACCAAGGGCCUGAUGAUGGUGACGGCAGUCGUGAUGGUGGUGAUGGUGUUAGUAGGGGGCCUUGCCGGGACGGCAGUGUGGCGGUAUCUGGAUGGGAAACCAGAGAGCAGUGUGCCGCUAACUCCUGGGUUCUCAUCUUACAUCCUACCUCAUCAUCUGGACCAGGAAAACACUGUGAACUACGUCAAGAAAUACCACGUGCACGGCGAAGACAUUGCUGAGAUCGUACAGAUCGACACAGAGCGAAGAAUUGAACGCUUUGAUGUUCCAGACAACGGACAUUAUCAGAGAGUGACAGUGAUCAUGGAUUUUGCCAGGAACCUGACGAUAUACAAAGACUACAGCGACCGCAUGUGCUUCCUUCGUCCACUGGAGCCUGAGUUGUGGCCGUCCCCAGAAGACUGGAGCCAGGCUAUUAUGGACAUUGGCCAACGGGAGAUGUAUGCUGAAGGAGACUAUGACCCAACUGACCGCACUGACGAAAUGAUCGUUGUUGCUCCGGAGGUGACCGACAUCCAGCUGCUGGUCAGCGAGGACGUCGCAGUCAUGUGCGAAAACCACCGCGCUUUCAUCGUCGUGCCCGUUGACUUUUCACACCACGUCGCAAAGCGCUCGGCGAGAAAAACCAACUAUCUGACAUCCCCCUGGAGCGGUGGUAAACAUAGCAUCAAAUUCGCUCCGUCAUUCACAAAAGUAAAGGGUGCCUCAAAGAAACACAAAAAUAUUCCAGAGUCAGAUUUAACAGGUAUUUCAAGUUUCGGUUCUAGGGAUGUGCUGUGGUAAAUUCGAGACAUUUUGAGUUGAAGUGACUUGAAUUUAAAUGGUAACUUAUUCCAUUGUAUAAAAUGUAAAUGUGACCAAUGUAGAGUGUUAAUAUUCACUGCACUGUGUAUUAUAAGUCUGUUGGGGCUAUGAGAGUGCUGGGCGCUUUGAAACACUUUAAACUGUCAUUUGUUGGGAUAUUAGUGAUAUUGAGAAUGGGCAUAAAAUUCUGAACUGUUCUGUACUAUUGUACAUACACCGCUUCCCUUGUAGAGUGCUAUAUUACCGGUAUCUGUGUAAUAGUACACGAACCAACUAAACAGGGUAGAGUCAUUAUUAAUAUGUACAAGUUAGAUUGUGUCUAAUGUUGACAUAUUAUGAUCACUUUUUGUAUGAUUGGCUUGAAGCCUUUUAGAUCUAACAUAACAGCAUUGUUGUUUACUAGAAGACUUCAUGUUAGUAUUUGUAGUAAACAUAAACACAAAGGAACCUUGAAGUACUGUUCGAAGUAUGCAUGACUGUUAUUUGAACCAUGUUGAAUACAAAGUCACAAACAAUGAAUUCUAUUCCUAGAUCAGUUUGUAGGGUGUAUCUUGUAAAUACAUUAAUGUGUAAUGUACAUUUAAUGCUUAUGGUCUAAUUCUAAAGUUUGUUGAAUUGUUACACCUAUGUAAACCUGAAAAUUGUACAUGAGAACUAAGAACUUAGGAUUACACAUAACUGAAAGAAUAUAACCAAAUGUAAUUGUACAGGUAAUCUAGAAAAUGCUGGGAAUUUUCACAGAAUUCACUGACAGUAGUAGAAAGUACAUACUGUAAAAUAGUUUGUGAAAUGCUCUGCUACAGUAACACUAUGCACUUAACGAUGGAACAACAAGUCUUUUUGGCAACACCACUUGGGCAGAGCCCUUAUACUCACAUUGAUGACAUGGUAACAUGUACUAUGAAGUGGUGGAAUGUGCAACAUAUUUCCAUGAUACAUUUUUGUUCACUCGGAGCACAUGAAUAAAGGUUGACACAAAAACA